UCUGUCCUGGGUGGGGGGGCACGUGGCCUGGCAGGGAACUUGGGCCGGCUCUCCUUAGGGGCGGUGGCCUAAGGCCAGGAGCCAGGGUCACCAGGCAGAGCUCGCGUGGACCACCGUGCCGCUGCCCGGCCCUUCUCCUUUUCAGACAGGUCUCAGCCUCAGCGCUGCUCUUCCUGCCUCAGCCUCCCAGAGUGCCGAGGCUGCAGGCGUCUGCCCCUGAGCCGUUUCAGGUGGGAGUUGCUCUUGUUCCUGGCUGGAGCCCGGGCUCACCUUAUCACCCCAACUUCAGCCCUCACGGAGGCGCAGCUGGGCUCCUCGCUCUUGCCCUGCGUGGGCCCCGGCUCCUCAGGCCCCGGAGCACAGCUUCCGAGGAAGUGAGUGCCCACAGAGAAGCUGGUUGGUCCCACUUCCCGGAGCUCCUGCUCCUGUCUGUGCUCUGUGCACGCACUCGCCUUAGUUCAGUGGUGGUGAGUGCAUUUGUGAGUGUUCAGUGGCUGGUGUCCCUGUCUCCUCCGAAGUCCAGCAGCCUCCUGCGGGCGGCCCUGGGGAAGCUGGGCCUGGGGGAGGCCUGAGGAGGUGCUGCCUGUCCAGCUGGGGAUGGUGCUCAGCGGGCACCUGGCGGGUUGGUGAGGUUUCCCUGGGGGAGGUGGCUGCAGGCGGCUGCGUGGGGCUCGGGCCCUGACCACCACGAUGUCCUCAGCCUAAGAUGAGAACCUUAAGGCCAAAAUGCAUCCAAGUUGGGUAGUCAUGGUGGUGCACGUCUGAGCCAGCACCUGGGAGGCUGAGGCAGGAGAAUCGCUGUGAGUUCGAGGCCAGCCUGAGCUACAUCACGAGACCCUGUCUCAGAAAACAAGCAGCAAACCCACCAACCAAAGUGCUCGCGUGCUGGACGCCGUGAGCCAGCUGGACGCACGAGACGGCUGGGCCCAGCCACGCGGGCCGGAGCAGCUGGGGGUGCCGGGCACGCCGUGUCCAGUCCUGGCAUCACCUUGGCCCUGAGGGACGUCCCCACCCCCACCCUGGGCUCUGGCUAGCCUCACAUGCGAUUGGCCCUGGCACCAAGCUGGGGUGUGGGUGCUAUGUCGAGGUAGACAGCAGAUGUGGGGAGCAGCGAAGGAUGAAGGGGUAGUGACAUUAAGGGGAAGGGUAAGAGGUAGGGUCUGUCAGAAUCAGACAGGCUUCUCAGAGGAGUUAACUGUUGGCCAGGGUUUUGAGGCACAGGAGUUCACUGUGCUCUUGACCCUGUGUUUCCGGCUGUACCUCACUUCCUCUUGGUCAGGGAUCUGUGAAGUGGCUGGGGGAAGGGGGGGGUGGGAGGAGGGACCUGGGUGCCCCCUCUGGUGCAGCACGGGACAGCAGGGAUGCAGUGGUGCCCAAGGGUCCCAGCCUGGAGGGCCGGUCUGCGUGCCAGGUGGGAGGGGACCCGAUGGGGACAGACAGGCCCUGUGCCCUCCGCAGGCGCCCGGGUCCUCAGGCCCAGCUGGAGCCCGCCGUCCCGACCCCCUUGGCCUGCCUGGCGGCCCGGCUCCCAACAGGGACUGAGGGUCCAGGCCCCAUCACACUCUGAGGACGCCGAGCUGAGUGGCCGGGCUGCUGCUGUGUCUCCUCCCGGCUCACCCGCUGUCCCCUGCGACCCUGCCGCCCAGGCUGUGGGGCCCUGCAGAUGCCACCAUGGGGUGGGCCAGGUGACUCGGGGACGUGGGGCAGGGCAGGGCCAGUGGCGGCCUCUUCUACAGAAAAAUGCCUUCGGUCUGUGCACAUGGAAUUCCUAUUUUUGGCUACUCUGAUGGCCUAGCAAAGCUUAGCUACUAUUUUUGUUUGCUUAGUCCUGAGUGGUCCUCCUGGAGCACGGGAAAGAGGUGGACACUGGCUACAGGAUGGAGAAGCUUGCUGCCGCCCGCCUGUUCCAGCCACACCGCCCGCCUCCGGGCCGAGUCCAGGCCGCCCAUGGCCAACGCCUCCCUGCGGCUGCUGUGCCCGGUCCUGGAGCAGAUGAGCCGGCUGCAGGCCCACGGCAACUCCAGCCUGCGCUACAUGGACCACGCGUCGGUGACGCUGCACGGGCUGGUGGCGCUGCUGGGCCUGGUGGAGAACGCGCUCAUCGUGUUUGUCGUGGGCUGCCGCAUGCGCCAGACCGUGGUCACCACCUGGGCGCUGCACCUGGCGCUGUCUGACCUGCUGGCCUCCGCCUCGCUGCCCUUCUUCACCUACUUCCUGGCCGUGGGGCACUCGUGGGAGCUUGGUCCGGCCUUCUGCAAGCUGUACUCGUCCGUCUUCUUCCUGAACAUGUUCGCCAGCGGCUUCCUGCUCAGCACCAUCAGCCUGGACCGCUGCGUGCGCGUCGUGUACCCGGUGUGGGCACAGAACCACCGCUCGGUGGGCGCGGCGCGCAGGGUGUGCGCGGCGCUGUGGGCGGUGGCGCUGCUCAACACGGCGCCCUACUUCGUGUUCCGCGAUACCAUCCCGCGGCGCGACGGCCGCACCAUGUGCUACUACGACGUGCUGGCGCUGGCGCCGGGCGGCGACCCCGCGGCGACGUGCGGCCGGCGGCAGGCGGCGCUGGCGGGCAGCAAGUUCCUGUUGGCCUUCGUGCUGCCGCUGGGGGACAUCGCCGCCAGCCACGCCGUGCUGAGCGCGCGCCUGCGCCGCCGGCCCCAAGCCGGGCUCCGGCCCGGCCGCUUCGCGUGCCUGGUGGCGGCGGCGGUGGCGGCCUUCGCGCUCUGCUGGGGCCCCUACCACGCCUUCAGCCUGCUCGAGGCGCGCGCGCACGUCGUGCCGGCCCUGCGGCCGCUGGCCUGGCGCGGGCUGCCCUACGUCACCAGCCUGGCCUUCAUCAACAGCGUGGUCAACCCGCUGCUCUACGUGCUCACCUGCCCUGACGUGGGCCGCAAGCUGCGCCGCUCGCUGCGCGCCGUGCUCGAGAGCGUGCUGGUGGACGACGGCGAGGCGGGCUCGCGCCGCCGCCGCUCCUCCCCCGGGGUCACCGCCGCGGCCUCCUCGCCGUCGCUGUCUUCGGCCGGGCGCUGCGCCCUGCUCCGCUGGCUGCGGGGGCCCGCGGCCCUGGGGAGCGACGGGCCCCGCUCGACCUCCGGGUAGGGCGCGGCAAGCGGCUCCGCUCAGCCUCCCAGGAAACCGAGCCCCGAGUGGCCCACGGGACUCCGAUCCUUGCAGAAAUAAAAGUGCGCGGAAGUGGCGCUUGCA